AUGCUUCCUGGCGUAAUCAAGGAUGGGCCUUUCGCAGAUUCUUUAAGCCGCCUUCAAAAGUCAGCUGUGUGCUCUGUCGCCACAAUUUCUGGCAGUUCACCGGCAUUUCGGCGUUCCAAGCCGCUUGCUGUUGGCAUUUGUAACCUCGACGUUGCUGAAGCAACGGCUUCUUUUGCCAAGGGCAAACUUGUUCUAAUCCUUCAUACAGCAGGAGAUAAGCUCUUUGAACUUUGUCCGCCCCACAUUCUACCAUCUUUCAAACUUGGAGACGCGGCGGAACUGAAGUUUGGCGAUUCACAGAUCCCCGUGGAGCUGUCUACCGUAAUUUCCGAUGACUUAUCUUCCGAUCACCUAGACAUCGAACAGCUAUCACAGGCUUGUGGGGAUGCGUCUGUUGCCUCGGCAGAGCCCACAUCAGACGAACUGCUUAUGACCUGCUUUGUUUACGCUCUAAGUCUGUUGAAACCAACAGACUUGCCUCUUACCGUUAAUGUUUUCUACGCCAAGUACAUGAAGACUGAGUGCCCCGACGGGUCGAAACUGGACAUUAAAAAGACAUCCUACAAAAAGGUUGGUGUCUUUCUUGAGAAGAUGGCGGAAGAUGGUCUAAUCGAGCUGGAACGAGUUGGCGAGGGUAUUGUACGUUUGACGGCUUUCCACAAUGACCACCCCACGUUCAAGGAAUUGUCUCAAAACAUGCCUCAGUUGGCGGCAAAAGCCGACGAAGCCGAUGUGGAAUCGACCUACUCGAAGUCCGCCGUAGGCAACUUCUAUUUUGGACCUCCAGUUCUUGAAGAAGUUCGAUAUAUCACCUCCAAGGUCGCGCCUUUUUUCGCCGCCUCCGGCUACAGCUCUGGUGAUGUCAUCGCACAAGCGGAAAUUUGUCGUCUUGCUGGAGCCUACAUCGACUCGAAGAUGCUGCGGAGUAGUGAAGACCGAAGUCUCCUCAACCUGGACGCUCUGCUAACGCGUGUCUGUGAUCCAAAUCUCCUGAGAGAAGCACCCACCAGCACCCUCGGCAACCCGUGCUUCCAGAUCACCUUCCAGGACCUGAUCACCUCGCUGACGAAGGGCCUAAACGUCGCCUUUAGGCUAAUCUACCCGCCACAAAGUGGUCUCAAGCCCCUCACUACUCAAAAGCCUCCGAAACUGAAGAUAUCCGAGGCCAAGCAAAACGGCAAAGAUGUUACGCGCGUUGGGAAUCUGGCCGACUUCGGUAUCAACCCCAAGUCCUUCGCUCGGUACGUCCAAACGAAGUUAGCAUGUUCCGCUAGCCUCAUCGAUGACCCGACUUGUCGAAAUGCAGUCGUCGUUCAAGCCCAAGGUAGUCAUCGCAUCGCCUUGUCGAAGAUGCUAACGGAAACCUUUGGUCUUUCAAAAAACUGGAUUGAUGGUUAUGUGGAGCCGAAAAAGACCAAGGCCAAGGGUGGUCGAAAAGGAUGUUGA